AUGGCGGAGAUGGCCGCGGUGCUGCUGCCGGGGGAGGCCGAGGCCCUGGUGCAGGCGCUGCGGAGCGGCCCGCUGCGGAACACCGGAGACCGCGGAUGGCUCCGGCAGCAUGAGGCCAUCGAGAAGCUGAACAUGCAGGCCAUUCUGAGUGCCUCUGCUGGCCAGGAACAGCUUCUCAUCGAGCUGCUGGUGAACUAUGCCAAGAUCCCUACUCUCAUCGAGGAAUUGAUCUCUGUGGAGAUCUGGAAGCACAAGGUGUUCCCUAUGCUGUGCCAGCUGGAGGAUUUCAAGCCAAAAAGCACCUUUCCCAUCUACUUGGUGCUGUACCAUGAAGCUUCUAUUGUCAACCUCCUGGAGACAGUGUUUUUUCACAAGGAGAUCUGCGAAUCAGCUGAGGACACUAUUCUGGACUUGAUUGAUUAUAGCUACCGGAAACUGACCCUGCUAGCAGCUUGGAGCACCAACAGGGAGUUUCCAACCCACGAAAAGCUUGUGCCUGAGGAUCUGACCAAUGCAUCAUCAAUGCAGGAACUACAGAAGCAGGCAGAGAUGAUGGAGUUUAAGAUCUCCCUGAGGGCUCUUUCUGUGCUCCGUUUCAUCACUGAUCAGGUAGACAGUUUGCCACUGAGUGCCCUGACACGGAUGCUGAACACUCAUAAUGUGCCCUGCCUCCUGAUAGAGCUCCUGGAGCAUUGUCCAUGGAGCUGCCGCGAAGCAGGCAAGCUAAAAAAGUUUGAGAAUGGAAUGUGGCAUGUGGUGCCUCCUGAAGACCAUGUGAAGAUGACCAAGCUGGAUGGGCAAGUGUGGAUUGCCCUUUAUAACCUCCUCCUGAGCCCAGAAUGCCAGCGGAAAUACAACUUGGACGGUUUCAACAAGAGCCAGCUCCUAAAGCUCCGUGCAUUCCUGACUGAUGUCCUCAUUGACCAGUUGCCAAAUCUGGUGGAGAUGCAGAGAUUUCUGAGCCACCUCGCAGUGACAGAGCCUGUUCCACCCAAAAAGGACCUCAUCCUGGAGCAGGUUCCUGUCAUCAGGGACCACAUUAUCAGAGAGAAUUCUGGGAAGUGGCAGGCGAUCGCCAAGCACCAGGUGAAGCACAUGUUCAGCCCCUCAGAGGACGAGUUGAAAGACCUGGCGUGCCGGUGGGCACAGACAUACAACCUGGAUGUGAUGGAGGCUCUCGUCCCAGAGAAACCCAAGUGCGGGCUGUGCGGCUCUGAGGCAACAAAGCGCUGCUCUCGCUGCCAGAACGAGUGGUACUGCAAACGGGAGUGCCAGGUGCAGCACUGGCAGAAGCACAAGAAAGCUUGCAACCUAAUGGCUGAUGCCCUGAAGAAAAUAAAAGAGGACCUGAAAGUGCAGCCGUAAUGCAGAGCCAGAGCCUUCCAAAGAGGGACUUCUCCUCCCAGGCAUUCCAGCAAUCCGAGAGCAAAGGGUUGCCAGUUAGAACUAGAGACGGACAACCCCUUGUUCAUCUAACCUGGGCCCAGUGCACCACUGCUGCCUGCCUCCUGUGUAACUGUGCAUGCUGUGGUCGUGCAUGGGCUGCUCCAGAUCCCAGCCUUGCAGCCACGGACAGUAGGCCUAGAUCCGCUACCAUGAGAUCAUGCUCAGCUCAGCGGGAGGCAGCAGCCACUGGCCAGCACAACUGCUGAGAUUGGGAGCCUUGGUUCUCUCAUACCCCAUUCUGUCUCCUAGUUUCUGAACCCUUCCUUGCUUGAGAACAGGCUGCUCCUGACCUCAGGGACUCAUUUAUGCUAAGCAGCUUUCUCCGUGCUGCCACCUAUGACUCAGAAGCAGCUUGUGUUACUGGGCAUCCUACCUGAAGCAGGCACCACCUGCUGUCAUGCAGCAUGUCAGUGAGCGCAGAUCUCGCCACUCUGUGGCAGAGCACAAUGGCUGCUAACAAGUUUGAAACUAACCACUGACUGCUGCUCUCACUACCUGCUGCUGGGAAUGUACCAUGGGCCUUAAGAAAAAAAACAUUUUCUGCUCCCAGGGCUCAGAGGCCAGCAAUAGCCGCACUGGGCUCAGACCCUCUUCUGCUGUGACUCCCACCUCCCCCCCCCCCCGCCUUACAAUUUGUUCUCCAGUAAAUGGGUUGAACCACUAA